CAAAAAUUGAAGUUAUUUAUUUGUUAUGUUGGUAUUACAUAACCUAUAUUUUUCAAUUAAAAUUGGUAUAAAAUUGGAUGUAAAAUGUUGAAAUAAGUGAUGUCUGCAUCAAAUAAUAAUGACGAAAACCUACAAAACCUCCUAUCUGAAGUCGAAUCCGCAAUAUCUAACAAUGACCUUGCCACCUUAAAACAUCUUUUUUCACACCCACUUGACUAUAAGACCCUCCAGGAUGAAAAUGGUAACAACCCUCUGCACUUAUCCAUAAUUCACGAAAAGUAUUAUUCCCAUCAUAGUACAACAAAUUUCCUACCAAAUCCUUAUUUCAGGAACGCAAUUUUUGAUUACUUGCUUGAUAAAUUCGACUUGGAGGCACAAAACCGAACGGGCCACACAGUCCUAUCCUUGUCUCUUCUUGACCACAGCGACGUUUUAAUAAAUGAGUACUUUGCACUGAAAUUGAUCAGAAAGGGGGCCAACAUUAAUGUGUUUUUUUGCGACAAUAACACAAUACUACACUUGGCACUCCAACGACACUAUUUCCAGGUCGCGCAAUUCGUUAUUGAGAAAGGGGCCGAUAUAAAUGCUCAGAACGACGCGGGGUGUACCCCCUUACACAUGCUUUUUCACGUGAAGACUGACCCUGAGGGCGUGAUUGAGGGAGUGGGGCUGAUGUUAUAUCACGGGGCCGAUGCGAGCAUCCGUGAUCACAAUGGGAAUAUCCCUUUUGAACUUGCGGUCAUUUAUGACCGUUACAUAAGAACCGCCCAAGAAAACCUUUUCUUUUAUACUUUUGACUCGAACUCAAGUUACGAAAUGUCUGAUGAAGUGUUGUGUGAGUUGUUGGAGUCGAAAUCGCCGUUGUUUUUCCAAAUUGUUGAUUACGUGUCCGAAGUUGUUUUUGUCUCAGGUGUGACUUUCUCGCCGUUUCUUUUAUUUCGGAUUGAUCCGAAUUUUCUUAAAGUUGUAAUAGAGAAGUUUGACUAUGUUGUCAAAAAAAUCCUUGCAUGUCCGCCUGACUAUGUCACUUGGUUUCGUUUCAGGAUUGAGUCGUUGCAAAAUUGGGAAAUUCUACUCGGGAGUCACUUGGCGUCAGACACUGUUGAAUUUAUUGGCAGGUUUAGUAUUAGUUGGUUAGUAAAAAAAUUAGAUGAGGAUCAAGUGUCCCCAAAAGUAGUUACAGGAUUUUUAUUUUACUUGCUUUCGUACGGUUUGGAGGUUUCAGAAAUCGAUGUACAGGCUGUGUACAAAAAAUAUGGUUACUGUGAUCUUUUUAAGACUUUUUUACACUUGGAUAUCAAGAAAAGCAAAUUAAUGAACACUGAUAUACUCCCCAAAAUAAUUUACGACAUUAAUUUAGACUUGGAAACGUUCCUAACAGACCCCCACGAUUUUUCAAUUAAUGCAAUAGAAAAAUUAUUAGAUUAUUAUGCCCACCCAAAAUUGAGACAAUUUUGCAAUAAACUGGGAGUCAAGAAACUUGUAAUAAAAUCAGACAGUUUACCCAAAGUGCCCCUCCUAGUCGAGCUUGCGAGAGACACUUUGCGCAUAUAUUUGAUUAAAAAGUACAGUUUGAAAUACCCCAAACAAUUUUUCACUCUAAUAAAACAUCUUCCAAUUAGUCACAUCCACGAAAAAAUCCUGUCAUUUGAAACAAAAUUGUAUUAUUAAUUUUUUAAAUAAAACCACGAAACUGU